AUGGAGGCCCGACGGGAUCUCAGAAGGAUGCCCAAGGGCGAGCGGUGUCCGGAAUGUGGAAGUCAGAAGUGGUAUCUCCAGGACGGAUUGCGGUUCUGCGCCCGCGGCCAUCAGAUCGAGGGCUUCAUACAGUUCGAUGUCGGCGAGGAAGAGGACUCGGGCCGGAUGGGCACUGUGGCUCGCCGGGAGAAGGAGGUCAGAGAGCAGGAGAAGAGGCAGCUGACCGGCGCAGAGGGCAAGCUGUUGUAUCUCGAGGCCCUGCAGCUGCUCCUCAGGAGCCAGGUGCUGUGGCUCAUCCGCGUCAAGGGCUACAGAGAGGAGCUGGAGACUGUCGUGCGAGACCUGUGGGAUCUGCGAAUUCGCGGGUCCAGCUCCCUCGAGCCCAGCGUGGAGGACGCGGCGGCCGAGGCAAGCUUGGAAAUGUUCAGCUCCCAGCCCCCAUCAGAGGAAGACAAGCCUGCUUGGAGCUCGGGGGCCAGAGCGCAGAUCUGGGAUCCUGACCGCGGCGCUGGCUGGCCCAUGCCCAAGGUGCCGGACACGAUCGGAAUCUGUUACCUUGGCUGCUUGCUCCUCAGGAUACCAACUCGAUUGGGCGAACUGAUACAGUGGGCAAACCGCGGCGACUUGCCAUACAAGACGGCUUUCCACGAUCUUCCACGCGAAAUACAAGACCGCAUGCCGUCGGCCUAUGUCAAGGCACUCAAGCUCCCUUUUCGGACCGGUCUGACGGGAGGAGACCUGUACACUGCCGUCAUGGACCUGGUCCUCUCAUACCAACUCAAUUACGAAAUGGUGUUUCCCGAGGCAAACUUCGUCUCGACUCUGGUGCAUUACGCAAAAGAGCUGGCGCUACCAGUCGAAUCGAUCAUUGUGGCCAAGAGACUUGCGGCACUGCUAGAUUCGAGUUUCGAGUUUCCUGUAGGCAAUCACAAGAUCCGGCACAUCCACCACCCAGAGAUUCACAUCACUACGCUUCUGAUCGUGGCCAUGAAGCUGUGCUUUCCUUUUGAGCAGGGCAGGAGCUCGUUCUUACCAGCUGGCGAGGCGCUUCUGCCUGGGUUUGACUGGGAGCACUGGAGGGCCAGUCGCAGUCAGAUGAGUCCGGAUUCUGAGCCUGAAGACAAAGACAUGCGCUUCGGCAAAGUCACCGAAGAUGAAUUGAUCGACAUGGACGACAGAGAGCUAGACGAGUAUUUUGCCUACCUCUCAAGCUUCAUGGACAAGAAGAACGAGAACCCCAUCACCAACUUCUUUCCACCUGUGCCCACACACAGCAACGAUCAAUCUGUUCCCGAGCUCUCAGAUGAAGAUAUUCUUGAGAGGUCGCGAAAGGUGCUCAGUCAAGCGGUGCUACCGGCUCAGGACAAAUCCAGCGACUCAGAGAACACGCCAUAUGAGGCAUUCUACGACAUCCAGGACCUGUCGGACACGGCAAGUUCUUUCUACAAGGCUGCAGUGCAGAUUUUCGUGAAGACCCUGACGGGCAAGACCAUCACCCUUGAGGUCGAGUCCUCGGACACGAUCGACAAUGUCAAGUCCAAGAUCCAGGACAAGGAGGGCAUCCCCCCGGACCAGCAGCGAUUGAUCUUCGCCGGCAAGCAGCUCGAGGACGGCCGAACUCUCUCCGACUACAACAUCCAGAAGGAGUCCACCCUGCACCUGGUCCUCCGUCUCCGUGGUGGUAUCAUUGAGCCCUCGCUGAAGGCUCUGGCCUCCAAGUUCAACUGCGACAAGAUGAUCUGCCGCAAGUGCUACGCCCGCCUCCCUCCCCGUGCCACCAACUGCCGCAAGCGAAAGUGCGGUCACACCAACCAGCUCCGACCCAAGAAGAAGCUCAAGUAA